UGUUUAGCUAAGAUGAAGAUGUUCGCUCUCCUCCUCCUGGUGGCAGUUUACCGAAGUGAAGCCGCGAUCAAAUGCGUGCAGGGUACCGACGGAACGGCAGCUGGAACAGAUUGCGCGGGCGAGAGUGAAGCCGCAUCCGACUGCAGCCAGCCCAAGUUCGUCGAAUACACAGGGAUGAGUGCAGUGGUCGAGUACAAGUGUGGAGCAUGUGCUGCCAACACUGAAGCCACGUGUGAGUCCUGCACUGGGGCAGCCGAGGCUUGCAACACGGUGAAGGAGACCGCUGACGACUUCAAAUGUAAGAACUACGCGUACAGUGCCACUGACAAGAAGUUCAACGCCGCAGCGGAUUCCACUGUUUGCAAACGACUCAAGGCUACCAAGAUCAUGUGCAACAUGCCCGGAACUAAAGCUACUGACGCGUACAAGGUUAAGAUGGCGGGAUGUGGACCCUGCACAGCUGAAGAUAAAAAGAAUGAGCUGUGUGCUGAGUGCGACACAGCAGAUUGCACCAAGGCCUCCUCCGCCACCGCCCUCGCCGCCCUUCUCCUCCCCCUCAUCGCCUCCCUCUACACUCUCUUGUAGGCACAUUGUGACUUGUGUGAACUUUGAGAAUAUUCUUCACGAGAACUUCCUAUUUACUUAUUUACAUUUGUAUGAUAUGUCAUUUCUGUUUUACUAAUAUUUUAUUACUUGAGAAAUCCUUUAGUUA